AUGAACUCCUGGUGCUUGAUCAUUUUAUGUGCUGUUUUUCUUAUAAUUACAAUUAACGGUGCGGUAGUAUUAGACAGAGAUGAUGUAGAACAGCAAGGACUUUAUAAAAAAUCAGACCACGUAACUAUACUGACGAACAAGAACUUCGACAAGAAAGUUUACGGUCAGAAAAAUGCGUAUUUAGUCCAGUUUUAUAACAGUUAUUGUGGACACUGCAGAGCGUUUGCGCCUAAGUUUAAGAGUCUAGCCGCUGAUAUUGAACAUUGGGCUAAUGUUGUAAAAUUAGCGGUCAUUGACUGUUCGGUAGAGGAAAACAACGAAAUAUGUAGGCAGUUUGAAGUAAUGGCCUACCCAUCACUACGGUAUUUACACGAGAACUACGUUAAGGGAAACGCUUUUGUUGGUGAUAAAUUUUCAUCAGCGGACACGGCUGAUAAACUUAAAUCUCAAUUAAUUGCCAAGAUCCAAUCUGAACAAACUCUAGGUCGUCUUCCACUUGCGCCUCGUCUGGAUAUUGCAGCUUAUGCAUCCUAUGCUGCAGUUUUGAGUAAAGUGCCAAGUGAUAUUAAAUAUACCUUCCUUGUAUUUGAGAAUGAAAAUUCUACCGCUGGUUCUGAACUUGCUCUAGAUAUAAGUGACUAUAAGAAUGUAAUUGUUCGUAGAGUUCAUGAGAACAGUGAACUAGCUGAUAUAGCCGGAGUGACCCACUUCCCUGGGUUAGUUGCUGUGAAAUCAACACUAGAACCUACACCCCUCACCCCCAAAAACCCCUCUAGCCAAAAUCUACUUAAUGCUGUGAAUACAUUUUUAAAAACCAAAAACUAUGCAUUCCCUGAGAGAAAUAGUGCAGUUGAGGACACUUUAAAUAAUUUUAUCUCUGAACAAUUUGCACCAGAGCACUCAUUAAUUAUUUGGAUGUUGCUUGUACUGUCAUUCCCAGCUAGGAAGAAGUUAAAAGAGUACCUGACAGAAUUGCGAGAUACACUAGCUUCUAGAAACCAGUGGAGUGGAAACGAAGUGUAUGAAAAUGUUAUAAGGCUUGAGGUUAAUCAUGAUCCGGUAUAUACGAGCAACUCAGACUACAUCGGAUGCAAGGGAAGCCAACCACAAUACCGGGGAUAUACAUGUGGAUUAUGGACGUUGUUCCAUACACUAACGGUAAAUGCCGCCCAAAAACCAGGCCUGGAAGGUCCGAGAGUUCUGAGUGCUAUGCACGGAUAUGUUAAGCAUUUCUUUGGGUGUACUGAAUGUUCUGUACACUUCCAAGCAAUGGCUGAUAAGAACAGAAUAUUUCAGAUAAAAGAGAACGAUAAGGCUGUUCUAUGGCUCUGGAUAGCACACAAUGAAGUGAAUUUGAGAUUAGCGGGUGAUGUUACAGAAGACCCCAAAUACCCUAAAAUACAAUACCCUAGUGUUUCAAACUGUCCCAAAUGUAGACUAUCUCGUGGUGCCUGGAACUUACCUGCUGUAUAUGAAUAUUUGCAAAGAGUGUAUGGCGCUGAGAACAUUCGAGAUCUCAGAAGAGCAAGAUCAGCUGCGGCCCCACAGAGUCCAUUCUCCAACCUGGAUAUCGGGAUGCUAAGCUUUUUUAUCGGGAUCUUUCCUGCAGAAGAGAUCGUAAUUUUCAUGAUAAGGUAUAUGGCAGGUUGA